AAGGGACUCCUGUAACUGAAUCCGAUCUCACUCCACCAAGCUUGUAACACAAACACUUCUUUUGUUUACAGACUUCUCUUUGCCAAGCCGCAAUUGAAUCAAAAUGACUGUCCGUUUUAAGGGAAUCACCGAGUAUAGAAGUCGAUACAAGGAUCGAGCAUCACGAUCCAGAAGUGAUUCUCCACAUCAGAGGAUGCGACUGGCAGGACUGCGGUCUGACCAAAGUCGAAUCACUCGGGAACCUCAAUUCCCAUCCAAAAGGAAAGUGCCGUUUUAUCCACCUCGGAUAUCCAGAUCCUUACAGUGGGAAGGACAUUGUCAGGAGAGGGGCAGGCCUGUCACAAAUCCAGCUGUCAAAACACCUGUGUUCAGAGCCAGUAGCGCCGAAGGGCAGGUGACGCCCCUGGCCCCAAGAGACUCCAUACCACAAGAGGGCGCCGCUGCACCAUCUCAACAACAAGCAGAGGCACAAGCAGCCCAGCCAACCAGGGCCAACGCAGAUGGGCGGAAACAGGGGCAUGCAGGAAACGGAGUGAACCAUGCACUGCGAAAGCGAGCAGGACUGAAAUCAGGGCGACAGAAAAAUGGUCGCUUGAACUCUGAAUAUCAGAGACAGUUCAUGUGGAAAACACCCGUGGCCGAUUCACCCCUGCUGGCUGCACAAGAGAUGUUUUAUAAGGACAAUAAAAUCAUCCCACCCUUUAAGUCCAACCCAGUCAUUAUGGAAAGUGAGUACAGGAGAAGUUUUAAAGGAUCACCUCCGCCCAGACCUCCUCGCUUGAGACGAGAUGUUGAGCAAUGUGAGGUCCCACAGCUCCUCAUGGAGAACAUAACCUCAGAGAAGAAUAUGAGAAGGAAGAAGAAAAAGGAGAGGCAGAAACUCGGCAAAAAGUCAAGUACCGAAGAGGAAGUGAGACAUCCACAGCAAGAGUAUCAGAAACAGGAAGAGAGUUCACCCUGUGCCCCGAGAGACCCUUCACACAAAAUGAUAAGGAAGGCGAAAACCGAAUACAGGUCCAACUUUCGUUCUCCAUUGCAGUAUUCAUACAGAGAUGGAGCUUGGGUGAAGAACAAAACUGCACAGUUGGAGGAGUGUGAACACUGGUGGUAUAAUGAGGUGCAGGAACUACGCGAGAGGGCUGAGGCCUAUAGGAAAAGGGCCCGGGGGACUCAUUUUUCCCGUCAACACUUUAACCAAAUCAUGUCGGAGAACAACUGGAUGUGGGAGCCUUCCAGCGGCACCACGUCCACAUCUUCUGUCCUAUCUGAGUGCUGCAGCAGUCCCAUCAUAGAGGCACUGGACUUGGCCAGUCCUGGACCUUCUGCUUCUGUGGCAACCAGCAGGAGAAACUCUGCAGAUGAAAUGAAUCUUCCGGAUGGCCCUACACUCCCAGUACAGAGAAAGUUGGCCUGGGAUGAAGAAGCACGACCUGGAGAGAGGAAUAAGGUGGAGGAGCUCGUCGAAGAUGAGGAACCAAAUGUGAAUGGGAAUGUUAAAAGGUUGCAGGUUUUGGAAACUGACUCAUCAUCAGUGGUGGAAGGGUCUGAAGGUUCUGUCAACGGGGGCAGACUACCAACCCCCAAACUAAAAACCACGCAGAACCUGCAAAGAACUCAUCAUGACCGCACAACUCCGUCAACUGGAGGUGCUUUACUGGUAUCCCCUCCAAAGAUAAAGGAUUCCUCCUGGAAAGCUCACUCCCCUUAUAGACAAAUCACAGACGGAUCUCCACAGCGAACGCAUGGCAAGGCCAUGAAUGGAAGCGCACCGCACUCCUCACCAGCUGCAGGCCUGACCACUGUAGAUCCAAUUCCCAUGCGUGAAGAUGCAUCGUCUGAGGAGGAGCCGGAAUUCUCCCCUAAUCCAAGACAGGUCAAGGCAUCGCUCAGGACUCCAGAAAGACAACGUCCCAAAGACAUCAUCUCUCCACCUGCCAACAGAAUCCAGGGCACAUUGAGAAACCCGGAAUUUCAACAUAAUGGUAACCUGGGAAUUUUUCGGCCAGAACUGUUUGCGUUUCCUGAAUCUGACUCUGGUGUGUCAGACAAUGAUGAUAAGAUGUCUCAGAUCUCAUCUAGAUCAGCCGCCUCAUGCUCCAUGGCAUCUGAGGUCCUGAGCCGGGCUCAGAGAAGGAAACAGGAAUUUUGGGGAAAGAGCUAAUAUGCCAAAGCUCAUGGAUUUUUACUGAAAUGUAAAAACUUGUACUGGCCAUUAAAUAUUAUGAUGCAUUUAAAAUAAAAAAAAUAGUAAUUUAUUUUGUCUAUUUGACUAAUAGACCACUUUUAUGUGGUCAGUCAAUGGUUUUGCAAAUAAAACAAUUUCACUCUGUCUGCAAACUUGUUUUAAAAUACACUUUUUUUGUCAAAUGAAAGAGAAAAUUUGCUAAGAAAUAAACAUAAUUAAAAUAAUAUUGGGCAUAUGUGCAUGUAUAUAUAAUACAUUUGAAUACAUUAAUACAUUUAAAAUAAAAAAUUAGUGCUGGGCAAAGAUUAAUCGCGAUUAAUCGCAUACAAAAUAAAAGUGAUUUUUGGCAUAAUAUACGAGUGUGUGCUUUGUGUAAUCAUUAUGUAUAUAUAAAAAUGUACACACAUUCAUGUAUGUAUUUAGGAAACAUUUACAUGUGUGUAGGUAUAUUUGAAGAGUUAUGUUGCAAAACGAGAUAACUCCGUUUUUAACAUUUUUGUCAAAACAUGUUUAUUAUGAUGUUAUCAUGUUAUUAUUUUGUUUUAUGGUCCUACUUAGCUGUAUUUUUUAAGUUAUGAAGGUUUAAAUCAAAACAAACAAACUGCAGUUGAAUUGAUAUCAAUUGGAAUGCACAACCAAAAAACGAGAUUUCU